CUCUGCAAGAGCAGCUAGUGAUUUUAACCUCGGAGCCAUCUCUCCAGCUCCCAUUUUCUUUUUUUGAGGAUAAUGGUCUUAAACUAGUGGUGCUGUUUUUGUGUUAAUGGAUACCCCCAGUCCCUUAGGUACUACAUAUAAUUACUGAGAUUACUGUUUGGUUUGAAACUAUGGUCUUGAUAUGAUCUUUGGGAUCAAGUGAUUUCCAUGCUCUACUUCCUAAGAUGCUGGGACUACAGGUUUUACAGCUCUUUAGAACACUACACAGGACCAGACAACAAGUUUUUAAAAAUGAUAAGAGAGCAUUAGAAGCUGCCAGAGUUAAGAUAAAUGAAGAAUUCAAAAAACAUAAAAGUGAGGCCUCUCCGGAGAAAAUAGAAGAGAUGUUGAAAGUGGGUUCUGAUGUUGAACUGCUACUCAGAACAUCUGUUAUUCAAGGUAUUCACACUGACCACAACACCCUGAAGCUGGUCCCCAGGAAAGAUCUUCUAACAGAAAACGUUCCGUACUGUGAUGCACCAACUCAGAAGCAGUAAAGCUUCCAGGACAAAAGCUGUCUCUGCUCCCUCUAACUUUAAAUAUAUGACUAGCCAAAGUCCUGGACAUGCGAUGUUUCUCUCUGAAGUGGCGUGUUGCGAAUGAGCAACAGGCUGAGGGCUGCAGAGUACUGCAGUGUUCUGAGGACACAGAUGUGCCCUCCCUCCUCACCGGCAGGCAGCCUGACCUGGUGACCGGAUGUCUGGGGAGGUGGGACUCUUUCCUUCCCCUUUGGUAGGUGUUUUGGUCUUAGCAAAGCUAUUUGCCAAUGAAGCACUUUACCAAGUUGGUGACUUUUCAUCCCAUGGGAAACAGUACUGCUAAAUAUAAAACACUACAUUAAAUUGAUGUUUAAUUUCUAAAAUAUUAAGUUGAUAAAAAAAUGAACAUUUUCUGCCAGCUCUCUAAUGAAAGUAACCACUGUUUUCCAAAGUCAUGAGGUUAUUUCUGCAGAUAAAAUAAUAUGGCUUG